AUGUCUGCAAGGAAGCGGAAGCCCCCCGCCUCGAAGGAGCCCGACGCGGAUCUCUGCGGGCGCAAACUGGAGAAACGAGGGCUCUGUGCCCAUGAGUUUUGCCUGUCUUUUGCCAAUGGGCUUCUUCAGCAAGGCUGUAAGGAUGGGGUUCGCCUUGAGGAUAUUAGACACACGAUCAAGCGGGCUGCGAAGAAGAACUGCUUCGUCUGUGGCGAGAGAGGAGCCACCAUCACCUGCCGGGAGACGGACUGCAACCGCAGCUUCCACCUCCCCUGUGCCGUGGAGGGUGAAUGCGUCACCCAGUACUUUGGGCUUUACAGGUCCUUCUGCCAUGAGCACUGCCCAGAGCAGGCAGUGGAGGCAGCUCUAGAAGGGAACACCACCUGCCUCAUCUGCCUGGAGCCUGUAGGAGACAGAAAGUCCUAUGGCACCGUGGUGUGCCCAGCCUGCAAGCACGCCUGGUUCCACAGGGGCUGCAUACAGAAGCAGGCUCUCCAUGCUGGCUUCUCCUGCUUCUGCUGCCCACAUUGUCAAAAUGAAUAUCGAUUUCCAAUGGAGAUGCUCACUAUAGGGAUCCGAAUCCCCAGGAGACCACCAUCAUGGGUGGACGACGCUGCCUACAGACAAUUAUAUGAGAGGCACAGCCGCUGUGAUGCCAGCGAUUGCCUUUGCCCAGGAGGCAGGGAGAAGGCAGAGGAAGAGGG